UUAGACUUUCUAAAUGGGAUGUUCUUUUUUCUAUGGUGAUUUGAUUUGUGAUUACUAUUGGAGGAAGGAACAUCAGAACAUGACUACCAAUUAGAAAUUAAGGUUUUGAGUUUCAGCUGCAAAUUUCAGGUCUUCUCGGAGUUCACUCAUUCUUCUAAGUGGUUGUUGCUGCUAUUGCUGCUUUACAUUCAAGGUAAAUGUUACAUGACAAUGGGAUCUAUUUUGGGGACGUAAUUUUUUGUAUGAGUUUGGAGAACUGAUACAGGACAGCUUGUUUAGAACUUCUAGCCAAGUUAAGUUUUGCACAAUUCAAGAGUAUCUUCUGGUAGAAUGGAGGAUGGAACUGUGAAUUUUACGGGCUAUACAGAUCCAAAUUCUUUACUCAUUGAUGGAAUCAUGUCCAAUAUAAGUUCACUAGUUCAAACAGAUACUAUGGAUUUUAACAGCCUCAGCCAAAUGAUGGAUAGAUAUUCUUCGGUUUCAGCAUUGCAGGGAGAGCCAACAAAUAAUUUUCGGAUUGAUAAUCUUGGUGCUAUUAGUGAUCCAAAUAUACCGCUUUCUAGAAAUACUAUUGGGAUUAGCAACAGGAAUCCUCCAGAGCAAAUUUUUCGAGGAACAGCCUUGACCGAUGCUUCAUAUGCUACAAGCAAUAACGGCCAUGAAAUCCUUAAUGGAGUGAGCAUAUCUUCUUCCUCGAGAAUGGAUUCAGGAGACUUGAGUUCUGUUGUUUCAAACAAUCGCGGUAUUGGUACUUCACAAGUGCCAUGUAAUGCGUAUAUGAACUUUGGGCAUAAUGUGGUGCAAAGUGAUGCAGAGUUCUUGGCACAGGAAAAGGAUUUAAGUUGGUCGCAUCAACUGGAUAGUAGAUGGGGCUUUGAUAACCCUUCCAUCGGAAAUUCGCACACCAGGGAGUGGAAUUCGCUUGAAACAUCUAAUUCAGGCGUGGAUCAGCAUCCGUAUAACUACCAUAUGCCCUCAAAUGAUGGCAAUCGCGCAACUUUUGAACCUUCUAUAGUUGAUGUAUCAAAUAUCCCAAAUUGGUCUUCAGAAAUGAAUUGUUUGGGAUCUUCUCGGGAAAUUGGAUGUUCUGACCAAACUUGUAGGUUUGAGGAGCCUUCUGUUGACGUUUGUACACAGAGACCGGUUUCAGGCACUCAAGAAUCAUCUUCCGGAUCAGAUUACCUCCAAGUUCUGCAGCAAAUACUGGCCGAUGUAGCAAGCUUUUCACUUGGAGGUUUUGAGAAUGGUAAAGCAUCUUCAGAACGGUCCAAUAUGGGUGCAAAGACAUCAGGUUCUUCAAACUGCCGCGCUGAGAAGGGAAAGAAGGGGAUGUUUACAAGAGGUCCCAACCCCAAUGAGUUCCCUUAUCCUCCUGUAGAAAGCAGCUGCAGGGAUCAACCGAUUGUCACCUUGGAAAGGCGAGAAGUUGAAAGCAGAAAGGAUAAACUGUUGAAUCUCUUACAACUAGUUGAUAGGAAAUACAAUGAAUGCAUGGAUGAAAUCCAUACGGUGAUAUCUGCAUUCCGAGCUGCAACAGAGUUAGACGCGCAGAUAUACACUCGUUUUACUCUUCAUACUGUCUCUUCAGCAUAUAAGAAUCUGAGACACAGAAUUGCCAACCAAAUACUAAUAAACCAAGACUGUCUCGGCCGUCAAAGCGUGAAGGAGGAUCCUUCUCUGGAGUCUUCAUUCAUCCAAAACCAAUGGGCUCUGCAGCAGCUUAAGAGAAAAGGUCAUCAUUUAUGGAGGCCACAAAGAGGCUUGCCAGAAAAAUCCGUCUCAGUCCUGCGAGCUUGGAUGUUUCAGAACUUCCUUCAUCCGUACCCUAAUGACGCGGAAAAGCAUUUGCUCUCAAUAAGAAGUGGACUCGCAAGGAGCCAGGUCUCUAAUUGGUUCAUAAAUGCACGUGUUCGACUCUGGAAGCCAAUGAUAGAAGCAAUGCAUGGAGAGAUUAAUAGCAGAAAGAUCUGUUCUAUUGAAGAUGAAAUUAACAGCGAUGAUCAAAGCUGGAGUAACAUUAGUCAUUGAUGAAUGCACAAAUGGGUAUAAUGCACGCACACCUAUUCCAGCAGACCCUUUUGGUGUUAUAUUGUAUACUUACACAACCUAAAUGCACUGAAAUGCAUAUCCGUCGUUGGAGGACCUUGUACAUUGCGACAUUAUAGUCGGUAUGAUGUUUAAUAUGGUGCGAUAAUCAGGAAUAUAACUGUUAUUUAUGCCACUU